AUGAAGAUUUAUGAAGAUGUGAAGGGGGUAACCGAAGGAAACCCCAAAUCCGUCUCACAGUCAACCACUACAACCCUAAAUCUCUCUUCUUUACAGUUGAAAAUCUUUUUGAUGGAUUGUCCAGAUUCUGGUCCUGGCAUGUUCGGUGUAAGUGCUUUCCAAGUUCUUGGUUUUCUUCCUGAGUCAUUGAUACUUCUCGGUUCUUGUGUAACUACAGAUGAAGAGACGAGUCAAGCAGCCAAAAUUAUGCUUCUUUCUGUUAUACCAUUCACAUUCAUCUUAAUCCCAGGAUUAUUUGGUGCAAAUGCUUUUCCUGUAUCGGUUUUGUUCUUCAUUGUAUACUUCAUUUACCAGGUGUUUGAGCCUUCAAUACAAAAAAGAAGAUUAUCAUACGUGAAACACGAGCAUUUAGUUGUGGACAUACUAAAACAUCUACAGGAGCACACUGCGGAUAAGAUAAUCAAUGAAGAUGGUUCAGCAAAUCUAGCAACUAUAAAAGGGAUAUUAAAAUUCCAUGUGCCACCUGUCAUUAUUCACAAAGUUUUUGCUCAAGUUUACUCUUACAUUGAUGCGCAACUCUUCAACAGCCUUCUUAUGCAUAAAGAGUGUUGUACACUUGGGAAUGGUGAGUAUGUGAAAUCAGGGUUAUCUAAAUUAGAAGCUUGGUGUACUAAGGCAACUGCAGAUUUAGAUUUCUGGUAUGAAGAAAUCAAUAGUGCCCCCCCAGAAGUACGAUUGGUGAAAAAUAGGGACAACAAUGAAAUCGAGGGUUUUGCAUUAAUUUAUAGCAUUCAGCCAUCCAUGGAAUCCAUUCGCGACUCUCUUGCUGAGGAGUUGGUUAAAUUGAUAGAGGAGGUUAUUGUUUCUCUUGAUGAUACGAUCAUUCUACAUGGUGGUGGUGAUAAGAAGCAAAUUGAAGAAAGAUGUGAGGAAUUAAGGUCAACCAUUGAGAACAGUUCUGCCAUGUUUGAAAAAGAGAAAACACAAGAGAGAUUAUCAAAGUUGUCAGGAGGUGUUGCAGUCUUUAAGGUUGGAGGGGCUAGUAAGGCGGAAGUUGGAGAAAGAAAAGAUAGGGUUACAGAUGCUCUUAAUGCUACAAGGGCAUUUGUACAAGAAGGAAUAGUUUUAGAUACAAACGCGGAUCAAAAAAGAAGAGCGAAAAUUGUCAAAAAUGCCCUUAAGGCACCAACAUGCACAAUAGUCUCAAAUGUUGGUGGUGAUGUAUCUAGAGAUAGUAAAGUAAAAGUUUUGUUGCAAGGUUUUGUCCUUGGUACUGACAGUGUUGCAAUGCUUUCAUGUUAA